GAGGCCCUUCCUGACUUCUCCAGCUACCUGACACGUGGCGUGCAGCGACGGGCGGAGCUCCUGGUGGCGUACAAGGUGGAGCAGAAGCUGGAUGCGUACAUCCCCGAUGGACUCUCAUACACGGACGCCAUGAAGAUGCAAAUCUCUCUCUACAUUGCCAAGGGCUACGUCGCUCCUUAUUUCCCCCCGGAGGACCCCGAGGAGGAGGCUCGGGAGGCGGAGGAGGAGGCUCGGACGAAGCUCGAGGAGGAGAAGCGGAGGCAGCAGGAGGAGGGGCAGGAGAGCAGCGGGUUCUGGAGCCUGUUUUCGUGGGAUGAUGGGGAGGAGGAGGAGGAGCAGGUGAAGGAAGAGAAGAAGGAGGCUGAGUCUUACCUCAUGAGCUUUUUCACUGGGAAAGUG